CGCUACACAGAGCAUCUUUUUAAACUUAUAGUUUUAAACGUUGUAUUCGCAACGGUACAGUAAGCCUGCCAUUUAGGAAAAAUAAUAGUUUGACUCCCCACCAGGCUUGAUGGGGAAGAACAAAAGAAAGAGGAAGAGGUCUGUCAGCGAUGUAGCUGACAACAUGAUCCGAGUGGGGCCUGAAUUCCAGGCUGAGAUCCCAGUAUGUAAACAACAAGACACUGAGACACAGGACAUGGGAGACAUAUUAUUGUGGGCACCAUCUUCAUCAGUGUCUGAUGCAGAACUGGAAGAGUACAUCAGCCUGGCCCAAAAAUAUCACGGCUACAGUGAGGAGCAGGCCCUCGGAAUGCUACAAUGGCAUAAUUAUGAUCUGAAACGGGCUACAGAGGAUCUCCUGUAUUUCACUCCUGUUCAAGACGGACAAGGCAGACAACGGAGCAACAAGAGGUAG